UGGUAAAACGGACAGCCCGAGGAUAUGGAAACCCCAUUGCCCAUUUCCUCACUUCUCUCUCUCUACACCUCCUCACUCUCUCACUCAUCCAUCCGUUCCCUCUAAAACCCCAAGAAAUUUUUUUGCAUCUAACUCUGGUUGUUGCUACAAUUUGUUUCCUUCUCUCUCUACAGAUCUUCUUGCAGAGACACUGUGAAAUAUUCUUACAAACAGUGUUAAAAAAUAAUAAUAAUAAUAAUAAUAAAAAUUAACAGAGAAGGAAGAAAAAGGUUUGCCUCUGUUUCUGCCAAGCUUUUUCUGCUGUGGUUGAAAUCCUAGGGACCGAUCGAUCUUCCAGUUAUUUUUGCUCAAUGGCUGUCAUUUAGUACUCCACACAUCAGAGAAAUCGAAAAUUUAGACACAGGAUUUAUCGGCGAGAAGAUUUCUAACGAUUUUGAUUAUGGCGGUGGUGGAAAACGCUGGGGUUAACUCUACGGCGGCGGCGGCGAAUGGGGAUUCCCGGCCGGACGACGUUCCCUCCGCCGCCGCGGAUCACCAUCACCACCAGCAGCAGUCGACAAAAGCCGCCGCGAAUACCCAAAAGUCAACUAACGCCGCCGAUCAGAGUUUCCAUCUGAUACAGCAGAAAAUAUCGAAUAGCCAUUUUCAGCUGCAGCGCCACUCCGCCGGCGGCCCGCCGGAGGAGAAGCUUGAGGGCGGCGACGAUGGAGGGGAAGGGUUCAAAAGGGAUAUUAGAGAUUUAGAGGAAAUGCUCUCCAAAUUGAAUCCCAUGGCCAAAGAAUUUGUUCCUCCUUCGCUCACCACCAAUGGCUCCGGCGGACUGCACAUGUUUUUAAUGGCUCCUCCGCAGGCCGGCAGCCCUGUGGCCGCGGCGGCGGCCGCCGGACAUUUUGGGUUUGGUGUUAUGCAGCAGCCGGUUAAUUCUGGAGUUCCUAAUGGAAAUUCUUAUAGAAGGAAAUCCGGCUACUAUAAUGGAAAACGAAGGAUGAACAACCGAACGAGCAUGGCGCAAAAAGACGAUGUGAUUAGGAGGACAGUGUACGUCUCCGACAUUGAUCAUCAGGUUACCGAAGAGCAACUCGCGGCGCUUUUCAUUAGCUGCGGACAGGUUGUGGAUUGCCGUGUUUGCGGUGACCCGAAUUCUGUGCUCCGUUUUGCCUUCAUUGAAUUCACUGAUGAGGAAGGGGCAAAGAAUGCUUUGAGUUUGGCUGGAACUAUGUUAGGGUAUUAUCCAGUUCGAGUACUGCCUUCCAAAACUGCAAUUGCGCCCGUUAAUCCGACGUUCUUACCACGGUCCGAGGAUGAAAGGGAGAUGUGCGCGAGAACUAUUUAUUGUACAAAUAUUGACAAGAAGGUCACUCAAGCAGAUCUCAAACUAUUCUUCGAGUCCUUUUGUGGAGAGGUUCGGCGCUUAAGGUUGCUUGGCGAUUAUAAUCAUUCAACCCGUAUAGCUUUUGUCGAGUUUGUAAUGGCUGAGAGUGCAAUAGCUGCUCUAAACUGCAGCGGUGCUAUUUUGGGAUCGCUACCUAUAAGGGUUAGCCCAUCGAAGACACCGGUGCGACCCCGCGGACCUCGGCAAUCCAUCCAUUGAAUUGAAGCUGCUGUUCUUCUUUAAGCUCCCUGUGUUCGAAUGGACAAUGAUCAACUCACUCACUUUUUCUAUUAUAUAUAUAUAUAUAUAUGUAUACAUACUUGCAUAGAGCAACUGGUAUUGGUAAGAAGAGUACAUGGCAUCAUCCAUGCUGUUUAGUUUUCCCCUCACUCUGAGUAAGACCAUAUUCUCUGCCUUACAUUAUGCCCUCAUGAGUUUACUAAUUACUUACUGCUGCUGCUGCUGCUGCUGCAUCAAUGUUUCUUGAUUUUCUGACUUCAUCUCUCUCUAUUCUCUCUCUAUAAAGAAAGUUGGAUAAUUUAA